AGUUUGGUAAUAUUUUGAAUUUAUUUAUUAAAAUGAUACAAAACACAAUUCAUUCAAGUUUUAUUCAUUCAAAUAUCUUCUCCUCUCCCCUUCCAGCUGCAGCAUCCACUCGAGCCAGAGGCGGCCGCAAUGAAGCUGCUCGGUGGCCACGACGACGGGGGCGGACGGGGUGCCCCGAUCCGGUCCCAGGACGACGCCGCCGUCGGUUACGUCUUCCAGCGGCACCCGAACGAAACCGAGUUCAACCAGUUCGCCCAGAAGCAGUCCCGGUGGGCUUCCGGUGACGACGCCAUCAUUGAUAACCAAGACAAAUGGAAGUACAACCCGACGCUGACGAAUAACAGUACCGGCGGGUUGUUGCCUCCUCCGACGAUGGCCUCGAUGACCAAAUCCCACCAGCAGGCACAACAACAACAGCAGCAGCAGAUCACCCAGCAACAUCAACAGCAACAGCAGCUGCCGAUGAUCAACCAUCCGUCGCAGCUGGCCAAUCAUCUGAACCACCAGAACCAUCUCAACCAGACAAUGCUCAACCAUACGGCGAUGGGGAACGCGGCUGCUGCUGCGGCUGCCGCUGUCAGUGCUGGAAUGCCCACGAUGCAAAUGCCGAUGCAAGGUGCCGGCAUGUAUGAUCAUCUGCAUCCGCCGAAUGUCAAUGUCAACGGGGUAGUGCCGAAACCUCCACCGGGACAGGAACAGCUCGUCUUCCUGGGCGGUGGUCAACAGUAUGGCGUUUUGGCACCGCAAAAUCAGUACAUCCCCCGGAACAAUGCCGCUGUAAGUUGUUCUAUUGUUUUUUAACGAAAAACAGAGGUUAAAUGGAUGCUUGGGAUGAAUAAACCAUUUAGGUUCAAAAUUCCUGACAAAAAAAAAGUUUCAUUGGUACUGCGGGGAUUUGAACUCGAGCUGUCCGCUUACCAGUUGGUGUCUAGUGCACGUUGCUAUAACGGAAACUCUAUUUUUUACUUCAUUGAACUGAAAUCAUAACGGAUUUUGAUUUUAUUCUGUUAAUUUUCAAAACAAUUUAAAUUGAAGGCACCUUAACAAGAUUACUCCAGCCGGAAUAAAAAAAAACAAAACUUUUUUUUCCAAUUCAAUCCGAGCGGCUAAGCUUUGUCGAUUGAGGUUGCCGGUUGAGUCAGAUGAAAAAAGGAAAACGGACAUCGGUGACCACAGAGCAGCCGUGCGAACUAUCAUGUUCUAAUUUUCGGAUGAAAUUGUACCGAGUCGGAACUGUUCGUUUUCGAUAAUCCAUUGAUUUCCUCUCAAUAAGGGAAUGGAUAAGGAAAGGGGAAAAGAAUGGAGUAUGGAUGAUGAUAAUGUAUACUUAUAUGUGUAUGUGUGCCUGGCUGGUGCAGCUAAUGGUGUGACAAUUUAGUUUGGAUCAAUGAAUGGCUGGCCUGGUUUCCUUUCGUCCUAGGAUGGACGAAACGGAACGCAGUCCUGCCUGAGAGUAUGGUUCCGGUUCAAUAACUUAUAAUACUGUUAGCCAACCAAACGAGAGUAGACGUGUGUCGGUUUUGGGGAAAUGGUUCCAAGCUAUGAGUGGUUUUCGCUUAGAGAUAGUUAGGCUAAAUGCUAUCCUUAUAUCAUAGAGAUGCAUUUUGGAAUUUUCCUACACGCAUCCCUUCCGGACAAUCAGGGCGUUUUUUAAACCUUGAGCAAAUCCGAAAUUUGAUUUUCCAAUCGAAAUCUGGGUAAUAUCCGGCAAAAUUCGGAUGAAAUUCAGAAAGUAUUCGAAAACGAAAUUAAAUAUAGUGAAGAACAACACAUUUUUUUUAAUAGGAGCACAGGCAAUGUGGAAUUCUUACAGGAAAAAAUCUGAUGAAAUACCAAUGUGAGUUAAAAAAAAUCAAGAAAAAGUUCGAAAAUGUUUGAUAGAAUUGUACCGCUAUAAAUUUCGUGUGCCGCCGUUUCCAUAAGAACGCCGUAACUCUGUGUUAUUCGCAAUGAGCCUUAAACAAGAGCUAUGCAUUUUAAUUU